AUGUCUGAAGGGGUAAAAAGAAUUAUUUGUUUGGCUUUAUUUACUACAAUUUUAAUUCUUACAAUUCUUUGUCUAUCACUUGCAUUGGCAAAAGUCAAACUUUUUGAUCAAACUAAUGGUAUUCUUAAGUAUAAUAAAGGAAUUGAUAUGCAUAAGAACUAA